AUGGGCCGGGGGGAAGCAGAUAACAUGUCUGCGAUUGUUUGCGGUAAGAGAUCUUUGUUCGAGGACUUGGCCGCCGCUUCUCCUCCCGUCUCCAAAAAACUCCGUUGCUUUUCUUCGUCUUCUCCGGCUCGUUUCUCUCCUCCCGUUCCUCCUACCUCUUCGCUUUUUCUCGAUCACCUCGCCGCGAUGUUUCCCGAUAUGGAUAAGCAGAUUCUUGAGCGGGCAAUCGAGGGAUGUGGAGAUGAUCUUGAUUCAGCCAUUAGAUCUUUGAAUCAGCUUCGCUUAGAAUCCGCCAUUAAGAAUUCAGACUCUGCUACAUCAAACCAAUCUCAUGUUGAACCAAAUGUUGAAACUCAGCAGCAAGGAUUAGCCAAGGAGCAGGUUUUGUCUAAUGGAGAACCAAAUGUCCUAAACUUGGAUGGCACCGAGUGGGUUGAGCUCUUUGUUAGGGAAAUGAUGAAUGCUUCUGACAUGAAGGACGCCAAAGACCGUGCCGCAAGAGCAUUAGAAGCUUUGGAGAAGUCCAUCAACGCACGUGUUGGUUCUGAAGCAAUGCAAACUCUCCAACAGGAAAACUUGAUGCUGAGGCAGCAAUUAGAAGCCAUUGUCCAGGAAAACAGUUUGCUAAAACGAGCGGUGGUGACGCAACAGAAACGGCAGAAGGAAACUGAAGAUCAAAGUCAGGAACUGCAGCAUCUGAGGCAGCUAGUUACUCAAUACCAGGAGCAAUUGAGAACACUAGAGGUGAACAACUAUGCUCUGACGCUUCAUCUGAAGCAAGCACAGCAGAAUAGUUCCAUCCCAGGGAGGUAUCAUCCAGACGUCUUCUAA